AUGGCGGCAGUCAACCUCGACAAUGUGCAAGGUGAUUUGUUUAGCCGUGGCUUCCCAAAAAUCAAGGAAACGUACUACUUUUUCUCGAUCGUGCCAGGCAAAGAGAAGGAUUUCUCCACCGCGUUAGCUGCUUUGGGGAACUCAGGGAAGAUCUCAAGUCUGAAAAAAGUCCUCGACGACUGGGUCAAAGUGGAUGGCGCGCCCAAAAAUGAAAUUGUCCCCGUCUCGAAUGCCUUAAUUGCUUUUUCAAAGACAGGCUUGGACAAGAUUCAAACAGGCUUGACUGGGCGUGGACUAGACUUGGACAACCUCACAACGUCAGAUCCUGCGUUUGCCGCAGGCAUGGCAAGAGACGGUCCGGAAAACUUGAACGACCCGGCUCCUACCAGCUGGGAUCCUCUGUUCAACGCAUCGCCAAUUCAUGGAAUACUCAAAGUCGCCGGACAUUGUCAGGAAAUAGUCAACAGCAAGUUGGACGAGAUCAAGAAAAUUCUUGGCUAUCCUAAUAUUAUCGCUGACAUAGCCGCGCAAUCACUCCCGACAAGCGCGAACUCAAGGGUUGACGGUCAAGUCAGACCUAAAGACCAAGGCCUCAACGGCCGUGAGCACUUCGGUUUCGAAGACGGAGUCUCACAACCCUUGUUGAAGGGCAUCAACGAGGACGCGGCUUUCAAUAAGGAUACGUUCAUGCCCCGCCGCGGCCGCAGCCCACAUUGCGGGGAGUGGACCCUACAAAACGUCCCGCGUGGAUGGUGGAAGGCAGCUUUCUCGUCUUUCGCAAGCUCGAGCAAAACGUUCCGGGGUUUAUUGAGCUCACCAAGAAAUUCAAAGAUGGAGCUUGCACAAACGCUGAUCACUGUGGUGCAAAGUGCGCCUAUCGUCUUGUUCCCAGAUCAAGACGCGACUAGUGAUCCUGUUGCCAGCAACGACUUCAAAUUUACUAACAACAAUGUCUGUCCGCUAGCUGCGCAUAUCCGCAAGACGAAUCCCCGCGACGAUUCCGUCUUCACUAGGAACGCUCGUAUCGUCCGAAAUGGGAUCCCGUAUGGAUCCGAAUUCUCUGUCGAUGAGAGCGGCAAACGCGGUCUUCUCUUCGCAUGCUACCAGAGCAGCAUUGAUAAUGGGUUCCAAUUCAUCCAGAAGAUAUGGAUAAAUAAUCCUGAGUUCCCCGAGGCACCAAGUACCGCUGGGUUCGACCCUUUCACCGCUCAGCCACCCAAUGACGGGCAAUUACACAUCACUAUGUUUGACCCGAGCGAAAAGAAACUUGAUACUGGACUUGGGCAUUUUCCCAAACUGGUAACAAUGAAGGGUGGCGAGUAUUUCUUUGUGCCGUCUAUCUCUGCGUUGACGGGCACAUUGGGCAGUGCUUAA